AAUUAAGCUCAGCGAGCAUGCAUGGGCGAACCUCGCUCGGGGCACAUAGCCCAAUUUUAGAGCGAGGCGGCGGGUAGUCGAAUGCGGCCCCCUGUUGGAACAGUCGAUUGGAGCGCCCUGACCGCCCCGCCGCGAUGAAGGACGGCCGUGACAUCAAGCUUGUCUUUCACAGCCGUCUGACGUAUGAGCUGCACAUCGAUGUGGGAGAGGCAACAGCGUCGCUCCCCCCCAGUAGACGGUCAAUCGUCUUCCCAGUCCCGGCGCACCUUGUCAAGGGGCGCAAGCUCGACUUUAGACUGGGCGACGGGAGACGGUCCGUUGUGUAUACCGUGCGCGUUCUCCGCUCCUCAUCACUGCCGCGCGGUGUCGGUGCAACCGGAAGCGUUGCAUCCGACGAAAAGAGGCCGUUGAUUGCCCGCCCGUCCAGUGCGGCUUCGACUCGGGCUCGCCUCUGGUCCUCCUCGUCUCGACCGCAUCAGCCCUUGCGACUCGUCUACUCGCGCAUCGACGACGACGAAGAAGACAACGGAGGCGAACUCCACGUCCUCGUUCUCGCCGCUCGGGACCCAUCGACAUGGCUCGGCUCCGUCCCUUCCUCGAGCUCCCUCUCCUUGCUCUGCCUUCCAGGCAGCCACGAGACGCUAGCCCGCUACGGCUGGCCCUUUUCGCAGUGCCAGAACACCGAAUCGACGGUGGCCAAGCAGCUCGAAGAUGGGAUCCGAUUCAUGGACAUUCGCCUGCGGCCACGCGGCGAAAAGGGCAAGGAGAGGCUGCUCGCCUACCACGGCUCUGUCGAUGAGCGCAUCGAAUUCUCAGCCGUGCUGGAGCAGGUGUGGGCCUUUUUGGAGGGGCCGGGCAAGCAGGAAACGCUGGUCAUGUCCGUCAAGCAGGAGGGUGGGGACCAAGACACGUUCAUCAACCUCCUCAAGACGGCCUACGUCGACGCAACACCCCCGCCCGCCAACGACGCAUCGCCCACUGCGCCUCGAGGCCGGCAGCGAUGGUUCCUCGAGAACCGCGUGCCCACACUGGGGGAGGUGCGAGGCAAAAUCGUCCUCUUCAGCCGCUUCGUCAUCGACCCAAAGUUCGACUUUCCCGGAGGGAUCAGUCCGCCCAUCUGGCCUGACAGCUACGAAGGCUGCUUCGACUACAAGCUACCAACAGGCCAAGCCGUGCAGACGCAGGACUGGUACCACAUUGGGUCUCUCUCUUCGAUUCCGCGCAAGUUUGAGCUCAUCUGCGAUCUGAUGGAUCAGGGAGGGCGCGAUCCUUCGACGCUGGCCUUGGACUUUUGCAAUGGCUCCUCUGUUCCCUGGGCCUUGCCGCCCAGCGUCGCAAAGGGCUGGCUCGACGAUGGUUCCAUCGUCCAGCGAUGCUCGACGCUGCUAGCCACCCGAGGCGUCAACCCGAGGCUGCGGGACAGAGUGGCCGACAUCAUGGCAGCCGCCUCGUCUUCGUAUCCACAAGAGAAGAAGCUUCACCAAGCGCUCGACGGACUCAUGGUCACUUUCGCAAUCGACUUCUAUGCGGAGCCAGCUGCCGCCAGCGACUUGGUUCCUCUACUCAUUGAAGCAAACUUUCAGUAGUAGUAGCAGAAGUACUUUUCGGAUGUCAUUAUUGUCGUCAAUGUCGUUACGUCUAAUAAUAUCGAGCUUUCGUCGU